GUGAAUGGGCUUCGAGGAUUUGGAGUAAAUCGGAGGUUGCGAACUGUUUUGCUCGAUGUGGGACGAGUUCUUGUUUUCAUUGGUUUAAAUAAGUGGCUGCACUUGGUGACGAAGUAAGCCACGAGAAUUGAGGGAAGGAAUGCUCAUAUGUUUAAUGGAGCAAAACUGGUCGAAGAGGAGAUACCAGUGCGUGCAAAGUAUUUUCUGAUCGAUUACAAGCAGCAUCAGCAGAGAGAGGAAGUUUUGUCGAGCCUAGUCGUGAGGAAGAACUGGCAGAAACCAACGAUGGGUAGAGUUUCUGUCUGCACAAACGCUGACAUCCUUCCUUCUGGGGAUACAAGACUUGUAGUUGUGGUUGGAGAUGCUGAGGGGAUAUUUAUGUAUGCAGCUGCAAAAAAUAUACCAGGGACGUGGACAAGUGAAGGGGCAGAAGCUCUCGCAUUGGAGAUGGGAGUGCAGGUGGCGUACCUAUUCCAACUCCAAAAUGUGAUGAUGGAAACAGAUUGCCUCUCGGUAAUAACAAGAUUACAAAGUCCGAACUUGGCCCAAGAUGAGAUAGGAGUGGUGUGUCAUAGCAUUGAACGCUACAUGUCUUUGAUGGGGAAUAGCAGUUGGCGACAUAUAUGUAGAGAAGCGAACAAUGUCGCUCAUAUAAUGGCGCAUGCGAAGGGACGGAGCGGCAGCAAGGCGGGCAGCUUCUGCUUCACCAAUUUCAUUGAAGAAGGCUGGGAUGCUCGGCUGGACAGCACAGUCGUCGGUAUACAACUUGAGGAAAAACUCUCUGGCAAGCGUUUUGAGAAGACGAGAAGAAAUGAAAGAGUUGUUUAGGUAGAUAGGCCCCAAAUCUAUUUGGUUGAUCAGGUUUAGCUGGAUAAUGUAACCGUCAUGUCUGAUCAAUAAAAGCAGUAUACAGGUAUCCUGUAAAAAAAUUCAUUACAACUGAAUAGGGAGAGGGAAAUUAGCAUUCUUAUUCAAGAAGGUUUUAGUAGUUGCCCACUUAGUUUUGAUGUUUUUACUUGCAUGGCCAGUUAAUUGAGCAUUGGAGCGAUUUUUUUUACGUCAUGUAUAACAUUGUUUUAUGCGAUACAGAAAAUUAUUACGUGAGAUGAAAAAAUGUGUUACAUUCCUAGUAAAAACAGCACCAGAGUGUGAAAUUUAUAUAAUGGAUGUCAUAUUGUCCGACAGAGGUAGUCCAAUUUUUAUGGAGAAAAUUUUAAAUCGAGUUGAAAUGAAUAAGAUUUUAAAUC